AGAACUGGGAAGGUGGAAUGUCCAGACAAUGUUGACGGCCUUUCCGUGAACCUUGACGUCAUCACCGACUCAGAAAUAUCUCAUGAGGUCAAGAGACGCAAAUAGUGCCUUAACACUGCUAGCUUACGCAGGCACACUAAACGGGAAAUACUACAUAUUCUAUUGACAGGGGAAAAACGCUGAUGAGUGGGGAGAGAAUGGGAUAGGCUUUGUUGUGAGAAAUAGCGUGCUGAGUAUGGUUCAAACGGGGAGCAAGGACUCAGAGCGAUUCCUGGUUCCCCUCCUGAACACAGCUGAAAGCCCAGUCACUAGCGCCAGAGUCUAUGCAUCAAAACGGUCGGCCACGUUAGAUGGCAAGAAUGAGUUUUACGAGAACCUCACAGCCAUCAUCGGGAGUAUCCCAAGAAAGGAACAGAUUCUUCUACUGGCUGAUUUCAACGCCAGAGUGGGUGCAUAUCACGACUUAGUUUGGCCCUCCUGGCUUGGCCAGUUUAGUACAGGAAAAAAGAACGAUAACGGAGAGCGGAUGCUUGAGAUGUGCACCUACCAUGGCCUGUAA